AUGAACCUCCUCGACCUCCCCCCGGAGCUCAUCCUCCUGAUCGCCGAGAGCCUCGACGGCCUCGACGACAAGAACAGAUUCGCCCGCACGAGUCGCAGCCUCUACAGGAUCGUCAGCAAGGUUCUCUACGACUCCAUGGACAAGAACAAGGUUCUCCGCUGGGCCGCCCGCAACGGCCGCGGCGAGCUGAUAUCCCUGGUGCUCGACAUGGGCGCCGACAUCGACUCGCACGACAGCGACGAGCGCACGGCGCUGCACUGGGCCGCGACGUACGCCCACGACGCCCACCUCAUCACGCGCCUCGAGUGCGGGCAGGAGAUCCACGCCGUGGUCAAGUCGGACCUGCACACCGUCGAGUCCAGCGCUGCCCAUGCAGAGCCCGCCAGGAUCCUGCUCGACCGGGGCGCCGACAUCUCCUCGCGGUCGUGGUUCCGCGGCCACCUGGUCUUCCACGCGCCGCUGCACUGGGCGACGGCCUGCGGGAACGUGGCGGCCGUGGAGCUGCUGCUGGAGCGGGGCGCGGAGAUUGACCAGAAGGGCGGCAUGGUGCGGUACACGCCGCUGAUCCUGGCGGCGAUAAACGACCACGAGAGAGUCGUGCGGCUGCUGCUGCGGAACGGGGCGGACGUGAAGGCCACCACGAUGUGGAACGAGACGGCGCUGCACUGGGCGUCGUGGGCGGGGCACGAGGAGGUUGCGGUGGCGCUGCUGGAGUACGGUGCGCCGGUCGAAGACCUGGGCUCCGAUGCCCAGACGCCGCUGAUUGAGGCUGCGCGCGAGAACCACGAGGGGCUCGCCCGGAUCCUCCUCGACCACGGCGCCAACGUCAACGCCCACAACGUCGACCGCGACACGCCGCUCCACAUCGCCGCCCAGCGCGGAUACCUGCGGAUGGUCUCGCUGCUCCUCUCGUACGGCGCCGACUUCACCAUCAUGAACCCCACCAGAUCCCCACUGCACUCGGCGGCAUACAGUGGGCACACCGCCAUCGUGGCCCUCCUCCUCGACCGCGGCGCCGGCAUCGACGAGGGCCGCGAGCACAACGGCUACACCCUCCUGCACACCGCCGUCCUCGGCGACGGCGACCGCGCGCUCGUCCAGCUCCUCCUCGACCGCGGCGUGCAGCCCGCCGACCUCACCGCCGACGGCCACACCGCCGUGCACCUCGCGCACAUGCGCCAGAAGUACGAUCUCGUCACCGCAAUGCUCAACCACACGCCCUUCUGCCCGCUGCAGUACCUCACGGACCCCGAGCAGCUGCGCGACCCGGACGCGCUGGACAUCAUCGUCAACGCCAGCGUCGACCUGCUCGCCGCCCACGCCGUCCCCGCAACGCUCUACCUCACCGCCGCGCUGUACGCCGCCUGCGUCGAGGGCCUCACCGACAGCGCGCGCAUCCUCAUCGCCGCGGGCGCAAACGUCAAUGCCCGCCUCGACGGCGGCGACGCCGACACCACGCCGCUGCUGUGCGCCGUGGCCAGCGGCAACGAGGCUACCGUGCGCUUGCUACUGGAGGCGGACGCGCGCGCGGACGAUGCUGACGAGUGGGGGUGUGGCGCGCCGGGGAUGGGGAUGGGGAUGGGGAUGGGGAUGGGGAUGGGGCAGAUGGAUGUUGAGACGCCGCUAAGGCGCGCGGCGGUCGCGGGACAUGUGGCGAUUGCGAGGGCGCUGCUGGAGGGCGGGGCGGACCUGCAUCUGAGGGAUGUGAGGGGGCGCACGGCGCUGCACCAGGUGGUGAUGGAGGGGGAGGAGGGGAGGUGUGGGGAGAUGGUGAGGUUCUUGAUGAAGUGGGGCGCGAACCCGGAUCAGUCGGACUGCGAGGGGGUGACGGCGUGGGACGUUGCGGGCGAGGGGUGGGCGAGGAGGGCGCUGAUGGAGGCGGGCGUGGAGGAUCCGUAUCGGCAUUGGAAGGAGGUGAUGGAGGAGAUGGGGCAGUGA